AUGGUGUUUCAGGUGUUGUUGAUUGCCGUUGCUGCCACCACUGCUUUUGCCGGCUAUGCGCGGCCGGCAGCGCUGGCGGCUCCAGCUGUCGCAGCUCCCGUCGUCGCCGCGGCUCCACCACCGGCUGUUCUUGUCCAGCGCGUAAUAACAAAGACGACAUCAAUAAUCGUAGACCUGAUACCAACAACGCAUAUUCUCAUCUUAUUUAUUUCUACAUUAAUUUUAUCUAUCAAGCCAGCACAUCCAUACAGCUUCGGCUACGAUUCCAAGGACGAGUUCGGCACUCAUCAGUACCGCAACGAAGUGAGCGACUCGGCCAACCAGAAGCGCGGAAACUACGGCUACAAGGACGCCGGCGGGGUCUUCAGGCAGGUCGACUACGUAGCCGAUGCCGCGGGCUUCCGGGCCAACGUGUACACCAACGAGCCGGGUACGGCACCAUCGGAGCCCGCCGCCGCCGCCUACACGGCUCCGGCAGCCGCGCCAGUCGCUGCUGCACCCGUGGCCGUGGCGAGACCUGCCCUCCCCGCUGCUCCCGUUGUGGCCGCGGCUCCGCUCAGGCCCGUAGUCAGGCCUGCGCCGGUGGCCUUCCCGGCACCUCCGCCGGCUCCUCUGGUCUACGCACCACCUCCCGUAGCCAGGCCAGUCCCAGCUCCAGUCCCAGCUCCAGUCCCAGCUCCAUACCCUGCUCCUUACCCAGCUCCUUACCCAGCUGUGUUCCAUGCACCAGCGCCAUACUUUGCACACCCGGCUCCUGCUGCAGCGCAAGUCGUUCACUCUGUCGCGCCCGUUGUGCCAGCGGCACCAGGUUGCGCCAGCCCCGGCACCUCUUCUGCCAGCGCCAGUUCACUACGGCUACUCUACUCCACAAUGAUCUGA